UCACCCUUGGGAAGCCUCCGAGUUAUAUGAGGUAUUUUUCCUGGGGUAUUUUGCUACCUUCUGAGUUCUGUCGAUCCCUGGCCAGCUCUCCUCAUCUCCUUAUCUACGGCAGCGCAGAGCCGACUUGGGAGCCUUCCCAACCGUCGUCGAAACCUCACCGUCCUCGAGAUCCUGCAGGGUUCUGGAAAGCAGAAGAAGAAAAGCUAGAACAAAAGAGGGAAGAAGUAGGAAAAGAGGGAGGAGAAGAUGACAACAAUUGGGGGAGGGUUUGGUGGCACACAAGAUAAUGUCAAGCAACUUGAGGAUUGCUCAGUUUCCAAUGCGCUUGGUACAUGGUUCUUCUCAGUAGCUGGGGCUUUAGUUGCCAUCCCAGUGGGGAUACGGAAGAAGUCCUUGGCACCCUUGGUCUUUUUUGGUACUACUGGCACUAUGCUUGAUAUUAUCAUGGGAAUCAGCCAGUGCGAAAGAGAACACGCAGAACGCCAAAUGAAGCUUCUGGAAACACAAAAUGCAGCAAAUGCUUCAGUGGAUACUGAGAGCUAAUUUUUAGCAAAUUCCUUGCACCACAUCCACCUUUGUGCUUCUCUUGUUGUAUAAAGCUUUAUAAAAUAUUGAAGGCUUUUAUUUAAAGUGGAUUCAUCUCGUGUUAUUUAACAUAGUGAGAAUAAGCAAUAUACUUAAUGUUCUAAUACCUUGUUUGAUGUUUCUCUUAGAUUCUUUCAAUUUGAACUUGUAUCUCA